AUGUAAUCUANUACUGUGGCAGAGAGUCACAAUAUAAUGAGAUACGUCAUUAAAUAGAAAAAUAUAUAAACUCAUUUGUAAAUUUCUAAAUAGUAAUUAGAUAUCCACUCAUAGACAUCAAACAAUAAACAAGAAUAGAUCAAUAUCUUGACUAUCAUCAUACAAAUACGAGAAAAUGUUUAAACCUGUACCAUUCUGUGUUGAUAUCACCAAUUAAAGGAGAAAAGGUAUUUCCUGAAAUAUUGGACAAAGAAAGAUAAGAUGUGGCAAAAGUAUUUUCAUUUUUUGAAAGCAGUAAUUUAUAAAAAUUAUCUAGACUGGCUAAAAGGUAAGAGUUAUAUUUGUGGAGAUUAAUUAACUUUAGCUGAUAUAAGUGCAUGCAGUGAAAUGUUGUAAUUAGACAUGAUCAAAUUUGAUUUCUAAAAAUAUCCAAUUACAAAUGCAUGGCUUCAUCGAGUGAUAAGGAUUCCUGAAGUUCAUUAAGCUCAUAAUGUGGCUUUCAAAAUAAUAAAGAAAUAUAAUCCAAGUUCCGAAUUCUUGAAAUGA